AUGGUUAGACGCAAAGCCAAGAGUUCCCAUUUUUCCUUUACUAGAAGAGUUGGAAUUGUACGUUGUGACAAGCUAAGCGGCGUUCCAGUGAUGACUAGGUUUUCUUCUCUUGAGAUACUCACUGUUAGAGCCCGCGAGGAGUUAAGUUUGAUAGGCGAUGGACUAUUUCCCUCCAAUCUAAAAAAAUUAGAGAUACAAGAGGGUAGGAAAUUGAGCUCCAUUCCAAGUGUGGAGGGAAGUAUCUUUUUUCUUCAAGAGCAUCAGGUGGAGGGAUGUCAUGAAUUAAGUAAAAUAGAAGAGGGACUGGUUGCUUCCACAUGUCUAAGAGACGUAUGCACACGUGGUUGUCCGAAAUUGAUAUUCAUAAACUCCGGAUCUGAAUCUUUUUUGAAGCGGCUUGAACUAAGAAGGUGUUAUGAAUUACGAGAGAUAGGUGGACUAUCUUCAAGUACGAUGCUGGAAAAGUUACUGAUAAAUGACUGUCCUAAUCUGAUUUCCAUUCCCAGUGUAAAUGGCUGCUCCUUUUUUUUAAGCUUAAGCCUGGAUGGAUGCGACGGAUUAAUAAGUCUACCAAGUGGAUUGCGAGCCCAGCAUUCGUUAGGGAAGCCUUGGUUGUCUCACCCGUUUGAAGACAUUGGAAUUGGGUCCCUUUUCAGAAGAGCUAGAGGAAUUCCCAGGUCUCAUGAGUUCCAUCUCUUCCCUGGAAGAUUUCACCUUACGGGGAAGGAAAAAACUAACCUCUCUGUCAGAUCAACUUCAACACCUCACAGCACUCAACAAAUUAUCGAUUCGAAACUUCAGCAAGCUUUGCCAGAGUGGUUCGGUAACUUCUCCUCUCUUCGAUCUUUACAUAUUACGUAUUGUGAAAAUCUGGAGCAUCUGCCAUCUAAGGAAGCCAUGCAACACCUCUCCAAUUUGAAGAAAUUGGAAUUGCGUCCUUACUCAGAACAGCUAGAACAAUUCCCAGUUCCCAUGCGUUCCAUAUCUUCCCUUGAAGAUUUGGCCUUACACGGAUGGAAAAAACUAUGCUGUCUAACAGAUCAACUUCAACACCUCACCGCACUGGGCCAAUUAUCGAUUCGGAACUUCGGUGGGGUGAGUGCAUUGCCAGUGUGGUUGGGAACUUCUCCUCUUUUCGAUCUUUAG